AAAUUCUUGUGCACAAUGACGAGUCCAUUUGCCCGGCCUUAACGAACGCCGGGCGCACCGCCUGAGAUGAGUUGUUUAGGAUCGCAAGUUUUCGCAACAUGAAAAGAUAUCGAGUCAGUCAUCCGAGCGUCAAGUCGUCGCGCCGACCAAGCAGAUUUAUUCUUCAGAAACUCCAUAAAGCACGAGAGUCACUUAGCGAGGACGAUCAACGAUGGCGAGCCGGAGAUCGCGAAUCGGUGCGCCUGGUCUCACGAAAACGCAGGCGUUACGGCACGCGAAAAGUGCCGCUCUAAUAAAGGAAUAUGAACAGAAGAAGGAAGCAGGAAGACUGCAGCAAGUGGCGGAGCCUGUCACAAGGCGCAGGCAUGUCGUCGCCGAGCAGAAGAAGGUCGAUUUCACCAGACCGUCGGUGACGAAGGCGAUGAUGGCCCGAGUGAAGCAUGCGGAGAAGUUUAAGCAAGAGUACGAGCGUAAGCGGGAGGAAACAGCACCCACACGAAGAGUACCGAGGAGAACGGCUGCUCCGAUAGGCGGUGAUGUCAGAUUCGGUAGUGAGAGAGUCGCCAGACGCGACCCGACUUCGUCGCCUCCCAGGGCGCCGAGAAGGGCCAUACCGCCGAGCGUGAGAAGAGCACCGGAAUUGCCGCCUAUCCCGGAGAGGACUAGAGAACUGGCGAAGUCGAUGAACGCUCAAGUGAUCCAAGCCGAGCCGGUCGGCGAAGGUCCGAUCGACAGCAUCGUGAUACCGCCGCGGGCGGUCGACGAGAAUCGCACGACGAUCGUCAGCAUCCCUCAAUUGACUGUACGAGGUCCCGAGAUGGUGUCCGAAGUGGCGAAUCGGUCGAUCCAAGUGAUCAGCGAGACUCUUGACGAGCAAGAUACGUCGGAGGCUGCCGCGGUGCAGAGCAAGUUGGAGGACCUGCAGCAGGCGAGGCGCGAUUUCGUGAUGGCCGUGGCGAAUGUCGGCGGUAACGCCGUGCAGCUGACGACUGAAGAGAGACCUAGGUACAUACACAGAGUGCCUGACAUCGAGGGGGAGAUGUUCCGUGUCGAGUACGGCAGGGAACAUCCGAGCGUCGUAGCGGCGCGCGAAUUCGCUCAGAGAAGCAUGGCCGGCAUCAGGGAGAGGGAGGCGGCUCGCAGGGCCGAAGAGGAGUUCUCGAAAUUUGCUAGGCAACCUUUGCCGGAGGAUUUGCGCUUCGACGUGCCGUUCGAGCAGGAGUUCUUCCAAGAGGACAUACCGUGGGAAGAGACCGAGGAUUUGAGUAUGCCGCGUCCCACCAGGAUGAUGGAUAUACCGGUGCGCGAAGAGCCCUACGACUAUUCUACCUUCGAUCCAGAGGAGCUCGAGAAAUUUUUUGACGUGGAACAGUAUCCACCUAGUCCGCCAUAUGGGCCACCACCCGGUCGUGAGCAUCUACAUCCGGAUCUGUGGGAGCUGGAGGAUCCUUGGGCCACGUGCGGACGGUGCUCGCGGCAAGACGUGUCCGACCUCAUGCGCUUCGACAGUCCUUGAUCUUUCGUCCUUUCACAUUGUCCUAUUUCUGAGAUGUCGACGCAGAGAACACUGACGUGAGAAGAGGCACUCGAUCCCAUUCGAAUAUGAGAAACAGAAGAAAACUAAUUGUGAAAAAUUCUGCAAGAGCAAAGGGAAUAUUAGUCAAGAAACUACACGGACGAAAGUUCGAAUAUAUACACAUAAUUUAUCGACGAUAAUUUUCUUUAGGACACCAUCAUAUGUCGAAGAUAUCGUCAUAUAUGGGCGACAUACAUACAGCUCUUGUACAUAAAUUUACAUAAAUUUAGCUUCAAUAAAUCGAGAUACGUGCAAAUAAACGUAAUUCGAAGAUACAUUUUUUGCAAAUUGGAUUUUUUCACCGUCAAGUCUUGCUUAUUUUACCGCUAUUAAGCUGUCUCAUACUCUCACCGUUGCAUCGACGAAUCGCGCAGCACUCGUCGCACUUCGUACAACGACAUGAUUUUAUAUAAUUUUUCACUUGGACCAAUUUCUCCGGGAAAUCCAACCAAGGCCAAGUUUUGAACCUGUACUUAGAAAAGAGUUUCUAAGCGUAUCAUUUAAAUUGUAUCUAAGUUGUAUCAUUUUGCUAUGUACUUGGAACUUGGAAAAAAAAACUAUAGACGUCUUCCCUCCAUUCUCGCGCUCUUUGAAAUUACCUCUCCACCCCUCCUCCUCUUCCUCGCCACCCUCUCUCCGUCGCUCCCGCCAUUCGCCAUUCAAAGCUCACUUCAGCCUGAACGCGGAAAGAAGCGGCAAAAUGCGAACAAAUCCGUGAUGUACUGCGCGCUCCGACGCGCUCGGUACGCUCGCGCGGUUUUCUUCUUCGCCUUUCCAUCACUCAGAGCGGUUGAACGUGCAUUUAUCUCACGUCAAAUGUAAACAAAAGUGCGAGGAAACGUCGCGCGCGAAGGAAAGGACUAUGACCGAGCGUUGCAUGACUGUGGCUGAUAACUGUUUGCGCGCGCACGAUUCAUGGCGGCCGCGAGUCAUCGUACGGAACGGUUCGUGUGCAGCCGACGACGGUUCCUCGGCUUUCUCGGCGGAUAAUCAUCGUUCGAACGUCGGCCCGCGGCAGUUGUGAGAGCGGUUCUCGCGCGCGACGAGCCGUCAGGGUUCCCGGAGCCCGGUUUUACGCCCGAGUCGUACCAAACAGCCGGCAAAA